AUGAGCCAGCUGCUCACGGCGCGACAGGCGGAGGAGCUACACAAGUCAAUCAUUGCAUACCUGGCUUCGGCGAACCUACCCCAAAGCUCCGCGGCGCUUCGAGAAGAACUGGGCGAUUCAGUUACAGUGGAUGACUCUACAUUGAAGAAAUAUGAGGGUCUUUUAGAGAAGAAAUGGACUAGUGUGGUUCGGUUACAGAAGAAGAUUAUGGACUUGGAAUCACGGUGUGCUUCACUCCAGGCUGAGAUAGAUACUGCGACUCCUACUUCACUAUCUCGAAGAAAUCAAGACCCCGCCUCGUGGCUGCCCCGAGCGCCUGCUCGUCACGACCUGGAGUCACACCGACAACCGAUUACAUGUGUUGCCUUCCACCCGAUUUUCUCAUCUCUUGCGUCAGGCUCAGAAGAUACGACCAUUAAAAUUUGGGAUUGGGAGUUAGGCGAACUGGAGCGAACGAUCAAGGGCCACACGAGAGCCGUGCUGGAUGUGGACUACGGAGGCCCGCGAGGGGGUACUCUCCUUGCUUCUUGCUCUUCCGACCUUACAAUCAAGCUGUGGGACCCCGCAGAUGAAUAUAAAAAUAUUCGAACUCUACCUGGUCACGACCAUAGUGUGUCCGCUGUUCGGUUUAUUCCGUCAGGGGCCGCGGGGUCCCCAAUGUCAGGAAAUUUGUUGGUAUCCGCGUCUCGUGACAUGACUCUACGGAUUUGGGAUGUCACAACGGGUUAUUGUGUAAAGACAUUACAGGGUCAUGCGGCCUGGGUACGUGAUGUAGUACCUUCACCAGAUGGCCGUUUUCUCUUUUCGGCGGGUGAUGAUCAAGUGCCUCGACUCUGGGAUGUUUCCUCGGGAGAAACUAAGGCUACUUUCCUGGGACAUGAACACUAUAUUGAGUGUGUUGCUUUCGCUCCAUCUACUAGCUAUCAACAUCUUGCACCUCUAGCGGGUCAGAAGAAGCCGCCACCCGCUUCUUCGUCGGCAGAAUUUGUUGCAUCUGGAGGUCGUGAUAAGACCAUUCGUCUAUGGGAUGCACGGGGUAAUUUGAUCAAGACACUGGUUGGUCACGACAACUGGGUGCGUGGGCUGGUCUUCCAUCCUGGUGGAAAAUAUCUUCUUUCGGUUGCAGACGAUAAAACAUUACGCUGCUGGGAUCUCACACAAGAAUGCAAGUGUGUGCGUACUAUCGAUGCCCAUGAUCACUUUGUCAGUUCAAUCAGGUGGGCGCCUCCCUUGAUCAAGGAUACUGGUGCCAAUGGGGACGCGGGAGUAAACGGCACUGCAGAGGCUGGCGCUUCGAAUGGCGUAAAAGAAGACCCGAAUAGCGCAAAUAAGAUUUCCAUUCGAUGCGUUGUUGCAACUGGCAGUGUGGACCUCAAGGUCAAGGUUUUUGCGUCAUGA